CCAUUCCAGCCAUCCCUUCUUUUUCUUCUCUUCUUCCAUGUUCAUAAUUCUUCUUCGUCUGCUUUAGAUCAGCUUUUCUUAUCACUUUAUUAUUUUCUAAUCCUGCCAGCUCUUGACUCACUCGUUCACUCUCUUUUAAUUAUUCUCCUUUUCUAAUCGUCGCUCGUGGCCUCCGCAAAGUUCAGUCAAAGCAGCCUUCUACGGCCGCGUCCUUUCGAUUUCCAGCAGUUCCUCAACCACCAACAGAAGCAAAUUCGCACCUCCUUUACAUCCGCAAUGAGCGCCGAAGGUGAAAAGGCCAGACAAUCUGGCGAAGUCUCCCGCCCUGAGCCCACUUUGCCUACCGUCAACCCCGCCGUUGACAAGCCGGAGCCUCCCAAGCCGUCUUUCCACCCGGCCAUCUAUGUUACCGCCUGGAUUGCUCUGAGUUCCAGUGUUAUCCUGUUCAACAAGCACAUCCUCGACUAUGCUCAAUUUCGUUUCCCGAUUAUCCUCACAACAUGGCACUUGUCGUUCGCGACUUUCAUGACCCAGGUUCUGGCUCGUACCACUACUCUGCUCGAUGGUCGCAAGACGGUCAAGAUGACUGGUCGUGUCUACCUGCGCGCUAUUGUCCCCAUCGGUCUCUUCUUCAGUUUGAGUUUGAUUUGCGGUAAUGUCACUUAUCUCUACCUGAGUGUCGCUUUCAUUCAGAUGCUCAAGGCCACCACUCCUGUCGCUGUCUUGUUCGCUACCUGGGGUAUGGGUAUGGCUCCGGUCAACCUGAAGGUCCUGAUGAAUGUUGGCAUCAUCGUCCUCGGUGUCGUCAUCGCCUCGUUCGGCGAGAUCAAGUUCGUCUUGAUUGGUUUCCUGUUCCAGAUUGGUGGUAUCAUGUUCGAGGCCACCCGUCUUGUCAUGGUCCAGCGCCUGCUCAGCUCCGCCGAGUACAAGAUGGACCCUCUGGUCUCUCUCUACUACUUCGCCCCCGUUUGCGCUGUCAUGAACGGUAUCACCGCUCUCUUCCUUGAGGUUCCCAACCUCACCAUGGGUCACAUCUACAACGUUGGUAUCUGGACUCUCUUGGCCAACGCCGUUGUUGCUUUCAUGCUCAACGUUUCCGUCGUCUUCUUGAUUGGAAAGACUUCUUCGCUGGUCAUGACUCUCUGCGGUGUCCUCAAGGAUAUCCUCCUGGUCGCUGCUUCGAUGAUGAUUUGGCAGACCCCUGUCACUGGCACCCAAUUCUUCGGUUACUCAAUUUCUUUGAUUGGUCUCGUCUACUACAAGCUCGGUGCCGACAAGAUCCGCGAAUACACUGGCCAGGCUGGUCGCGCCUGGGCUGAGUACGGAGCGAACUACCCCGCUCAGCGCAAGUUCGUCAUCAUCGGUGCUGGCGCUCUCAUAUUCUUCCUGUUCAUGGGCACCAUGGGCCCAAGCUACGCCCCCGAGUCGGUUGGCCGGGUUAAGGGUAUGCUGGGUGGUGCCAGCACCGGCAACGCAUAAACAGCGAAUUUCCGUGAAAUGCCAUCGGGUUGCUCCCGUCUGUCCUGGACAAGAUUGAGAUGGUCCAGAGGCGCCUUACUUUUCCUUUUUUUUUGGAUGGCACUUUAUAAACCCAAGAAAGCGGACAGGCGUACC